UGCCGUGCGACUGUCGAGAAACGCACUGGCGGUGUCGACGGACGCGCGACAGUUUCCCAGUUUCAGCCUCGCGCCAAGCUGCUUUUACUUACGGGGUUAUCCCCCCUCGUUUCCCAUCCGAAGGGGGCUCGCGAAAGGAAACUCGGUCGGUUCGCCUCGUCGCCGGACGGUUUUCCGCAGUGGAACGAGAGGAAAAAAAAAACAGAGGGAAAAAUAAUUUCGCUCGACGGAGAACCAUCUUCGGUUAAGGAACGAAGAGGAGGAAGAGGAGCAGAAGGAGGAGGAGGCGAGGAGAGGAGGAGGGGGUUCCGGAGAAUCCCGAUUUAAAUCUCCGACCGCAGAAAGCCAUUAAUACCGUCAGGUGCACGCGGGUCCACGUAUAUACGUACGGCGCGGCGUAUCGCAUAACACACACACACACCAUUCACAUCGCCCCCCGCGUGCGGGAAUGGAGUUUCACCCCCGUGCGCGCAGUUGAGCGAUGAUCGCGCGCGAAUCGGCCGCGAGGAGCGCGUCGCCGUGUCUUCUUUCGCCUGAUGCAUCGUCGGGCCGCGUCUGCAGCGUCAACGCUCGCGUAAGGCUGCCGCCGGUCGUGUCACCGGCGUGUACCCGCUCGCGAACGACGGACAACAGUCGCGGACGGUAGCGACCGACGAGGGAAAAGAAAAAGAGCGGGUGAACUCGACGUGAGUGAGAGAAAUGAUGCGGCGUGCGCGCCCGUGCCCGCCCCCGCCGUCACCGUCGCCGUCGCCGUCGCGACAUUUUCGCGGUGAACGUCAUUCGGAUGUGCGCGCGUGUGGUGUCGCAGGCCUGUGAGGAGGAAAUGAAGGUGGAGGAGGCUGCGUGAUAAAAAAAAAAGAGAGAAAAUACGUGAUCAAUUAUUGACAGGUGCGUUUGUUGCUCCGAUUUUGAUCAACGUGUGGUUCUUUUCCGGAGUACAGGCGUUUCUCGUGCGAACGGUCAAGAGUGCCGGCGAGAAGAAAAACACAAGGUGAAAAUUAUUAUCUCCGCGCGCGCGUGUGAAGUUACUCCGUGAACUCCGCCUCUCUCUCCGGGGUAUAGCCAUGGAUAGAAAGCCGAGGAUCAUCAGCCGCCGCACGCGGAUCGCGAUAAUGAACCUAUUGCUGCUCUGCACCGACCUUGUCAGAGCGCGCGUCGACGAGACGCAGAUGGACACGCACGAGGGCUCGACGGUGCAGCUGCAGUGCCGAUUCCCGCCCCCACGGGAGAACGUCACAUGCUUCUGGCUGACCCACACGAACAACAAUCUCGACAACGCGGCGAUCGAGAACCGCUCGCUGUCGCCGAACUACAAGGUGUUCAUGAACCUGCAGGAGGGCCGUUACGAUCUGCAGAUCAGGAACGUGUCCUACGAGCGUGACAACGGCAAGUACGAGUGCAGAGUGAAAGUCAGCAGCACCGGUACCGAUCUCCACAGGAAGUAUAUCACUCUGACGGUGCUGAGGGCACCGGGUCCGCCGACGAUAUCGCCGGCCUCCACCGCGGCCACGGAGGGCCAGAGGCUGGAAUUGCAGUGCAACACCUACGGCGGCAGUCCCGAGCCCGAGGUGAAGUGGUACCGUGGCAACAACACCACGCUCCUGCACACUGGCAGGACCCUGGAAAUCAUGCCCACGCGGGAGGACGACCGGGCGAUCUUCCGGUGCGUCGUGAGAAACCGAGCGAUGCGCGAAGGCGAAACUCUGGACGCUUCAGUGACGCUCGACGUCAACUACUUCCCACGCGUGAGCGUCGGUCCGGAGAACCCGCUCAAGGUCGAGGUGAACGGCACCGCGACCCUCAAGUGUCAUGUGGACUCGAAGCCGCGGGUCGGCAUGGUACGCUGGUGGCGCGACGGCAGCUUCAUCGCCACCAACUUCGAGCACGUCAUACCUAAGGUGACGCUGCAGGACGUCGGCAAGUACACCUGCCACGCGGACAACGGGUUGCAGCCUACCAGCGGUAUGGAUAAGCGCGGCGGCGAGGCCUACCUGAUCCUGGACGUGCUCUAUCCGCCCACGGUGUCGAUCGAGGGCGACGCCGUUCGAGUGGCCGACGUGGAGGACAGCGUGACCGUUCACUGUAACGUGUCCGCCAACCCGUUGCCGACCGUGAUCGAGUGGCUGCGAGACGGCCGACCGGAGUUCAGACAGGGUGGUUCGAUUCUGCGACUCACCCGUGUCACCGCGGAGCACGCCGGCAACUACACGUGUCGCGCGGUGAACACGAUUCACCCUACCGGCGGCGAGCGCAGGAAUCAUUCGGCCUUCGCCAGCGUGACGAUCCGGGUGCGGCACAAGCCCGGCCCGGCCAGAGUGACCCCGGACUCGCCGGUCGCCGUCGAGGGUUCGCGGGUGAUCCUCACGUGCAUGGCCAGUCCGGCCGGUUACCCCGAGCCGCAGUACAAGUGGUGGAAGGAGGGCGAGAGUGGCAUGAUCCCGAUGCCCGCACCGUCCGGCCCGAAGUACGAGAUCGACUCGGUACACCUCGGUAGCGAGGGCACCUACAAGUGCCACGCUAUCAACGAGAUCGGUAUCGGCGAGGCCGCGUCGGUGAACCUCACUGUUCACCAGCCGCCCAAGAUUCUCACCAAGCUGCAGCCCCACGUCACGAGGAAAGUCGGCGAGUCGUCGUUCCAAGUAUCCUGCGUAGCGCAGGGUAAACCGCGGCCUAGCGUGCGCUGGCUGAAGGACGAUCAAGAAUUAACGGCCGACGAGAGGCUCUACAAAGUAAUUACGACGGCGUCGGAGGGCCACGGUAGCGUAAUAACCGUAAAUUCCACCCUGAGUUUUCUGGGUCACGCUCGUCCGCAGACCGACGAAAUCGUGGCGGGCGAUCGCGGCAAGUACACCUGCGUCUUCGUGAAUGAGGUGAAGAAAGUCGAGUCCACGAUGAUGCUCAAGGUGGAGCACGAGCCCAUAGUUCUCCAUCAGCACGGUAAAGUGGCUUACAAUCUCCGGGAGACCGCCGAGGUGGCCUGCAAGGUACAAGCGUGGCCAAAGCCCGAGUUUCAGUGGAGCUUCGGUACCAACGUCGCGACCCUUCAGGGCUCCUCCAGCGACGGUCAUUACGAGAUCACCACCACGAGCGACAACUACGACGCGUACACGUCCGUUCUUAGAAUGACCAACAUCCGCGAGUCCGAUUACGGCGAUUAUACCUGCCGCGCCGCCAACGCUCAAGGUAGCGUCAUGUCCACCAUCAGGUUGCAGCCUAAGGGAGCGCCGGAGAGACCGACCAAUAUUACUGCCAUGGAGAUCGGGCCCACGUACGUCGCCCUUUUGUGGCAGCUGGGCUUUGACGGUGGCCUGCCCAUCACGAAAUACUUCGUUUCGUACAGAAGAGUGGCCGGUGGUGACGAGAUAGUCGCGCCGGACUGCGCCCCUCCUCGAGGACCAGCCGGUCAAUGGCUCGAGCUCGAUUGUCGACGAUCGAACCCGUGUAACGUGACCAAUCUGGAGCAACAUCAGACCUAUACCUUCAAGGUUAAGGUCUACAAUACCAAGAACCAUUCCGAUUAUUCCGACGAGGUGUCCGCCACCACGGCAGUGGCCAAGAUACCCACGCCGCUUAGAGUUAGCUUCGAUCCGGAAAGUAGCACGCUCGCUAUUAAUGUGGGUGCUACAUGCUUGGCACUGGUGGCGUCUAUCGAGAAGUUCGACGGAGGUUCGGAUAGUUCAUGGCGAAUCGUCGACGAGUGGCCCCUCGAAGUUCUCGGAAGUGCACCUACUCAAAGAGAGGGAGUAUUGGACGAUCCCGAAGCAGCCGACUCGGAACCCCGACUGAGAGUUAGGUUGUGCCUCAAAGCAGACCGGCAGAAAUGCGGUGAAUACGCGGAAGCCGAAAUUGGACCAUCGUACAUCGCACAAGCCGGCUCUCUCGGAACGCCGACUUUAAUCGCCCUGAUAGUAAGCGGAGCAGUUUUUCUACUUUUCGCGGCCUUGCUGCUGUUGUUUUGCCGAUGCCGGCGGAAACACGCGACGAAGGCGAAAGAUUACGAAAUGGACUCGAACGCCGUCCGGCCGAGCCUUGUGGCAGGUAACGGCCAGCAAACCCAACCACCCCCACCGUAUUAUGCCGAGAACAAAGCGCUGGAGCACAGCCUGGAUCACGCCUUGGCUUUGGAAGAUUCAAAGACGCCCGCUUAUUCGCAAUCUGGAUACGGUUACCAUCAACCUAAUCAUAAUAUCAACGGCGUGAAUAUGGGUUACAUGGACAACAGUUACUCGAAUUCCAACAACGGCGGUUCCGUCAAUUCGCAGGAUUCCAUAUGGCAGAUGAAAUCCGCCGCGGCGAACGGUGUUAACCAGCCGUACGACCUCGCCGGCUACGGUACCACGGAGUCUGAUUACCCUACUCACCCUCAUUAUCUCCCGCAGAGAGAGGAUUACAGGGAAAGCCAUAAUCUGAGCCGGCAGCAGUUCUGCACGGAGCCCUUCGCCACCGUCGUCAAGUCUCAGAAACACGUCGAUUCGCCUUACGACGUGUCGGGUUUGCCGUACCAGGAGAAUUACGACGAGGACACGAAGCCGCCGCAGCAGGCCAGCCUCUCGUACGACGAGAGCCUCGAGUCCGGCUAUUCCACGCCGAAUAGGCGUAGGAUCAUCCGGGAGAUAAUCGUUUGAGACCUGCCUACCGGC